UGUAAGGAGUGGUACUUUUAAAAAGUGCAGCCCGCGAGGCCCGCCUGCAGGGCCAGCACCUCCGUGCAAAACCUGGUCUUGCCUGUCCCAGCAGCGCGCGUCUCCGUCCCACACCAGUCCGACCCAGACCAGUCCAGUCCGCACCAUGCCGGUCAAAGGAGGCAUCAAGUGCAUCAAAUACCUGCUCUUUGGAUUUAACUUCAUCUUCUGGCUCUCCGGAAUCGCAGUGCUUGCCAUUGGACUAUGGCUCCGAUUCGACUCCCAGAACCAGAGCAUCUUUGAGAAAGAAAAUCAUGAUUCCAGCUUCUACAGAGGGGUUUACUUUCUGAUUGGAGCCGGUGCCCUCAUGAUGCUCGUGGGCUUCCUGGGCUGCUGUGGGGCUGUGCAAGAGUCCCAGUGCAUGCUGGGAUUGUUCUUUGGCUUCCUCCUUGUGAUACUUGCCAUUGGAAUAGCUGCGGCCGUUUUGGGAUAUUACCACAAAGACCAGGUGAUUGAGGAACUCCAGGCAUUUUACAGGGACACCUACGACAAGCUAAAAAGUAAGGACGAACCCCAGCGUGAGACGCUGAAAGCCAUCCACUAUGCGUUGGACUGCUGUGGUUUGGUUGGGGGUGUAGAACAGUUUAUCUCGGACAUCUGCCCAAAAAAGGACUUUGUCUCAAACAUCUCCAUGAAGCCCUGCCCUGACGCCAUCCGAGAGGUCUUUAACAACAAAUUCCACAUCAUCAUCGCCGUGGCCAUCGGGGUUGCUGUGGUGAUGGUCUUCGGCAUGAUCUUCAGCUUAGUCCUGUGCUGUGCCAUCCGCCGGAGCCGCGAUAUGGUCUAGAGUCUUCUUGUAUAUCUGAGCAGGAAAGUGCCCCAGAAGAUUGUUUUUUUUGUUUUUUUUUUGUUUGUUUGGUUUUUUUUUGCGACUAACUUUGGUAUUCAUUCUGCAUUUCUAAACGAAGAGUUAUUCUACUUCUGUCUUUUUAAUGCUUUAUUUGAUAUGUAUGUUUGUAGUUAAGGGACUGGAUUUUUGUUUUUUG